CAACAAGCUACCGCCAUCUACGACCAUGUCACCUACAACUCUGGGAUCAAUCACCAUCUCAUGCGAAGAAGGCCUUGAUGGUGUUGACGGCUCAGCCAGAUUCUCCUUCCGCCCUUCUUGUUCAGCUCUCGCUUCAGUCAGUGGUCCCAUUGCAGCCCGCCUAGCUGCUGAGCACCCUGCUCAUGCAACCGUCGAAGUGCACGUUCGUCCGCUCUCGUCAGUACCAGGAACUGCAGAGAAAUCUCGUGGAAUGGCAAUACGAGAGAUCGUAGAACGCUCGUGUCUUCUCGCACAACAUCCCCGCACUCUCAUUCAAGUCGUCGUUCAAGCCCUUACGAACCCAACCGCGGGCCACGCCCUUCUCGCAGCCGAAAUCAAUGCAUGCACGCUUGCUCUGAUUAACGCCGGCUCAAUCGCAAUGCGUGGAGUUGUUUGCGCGGUGUCGGUUGGUAGAGUGAAGAAGGGGAACGUGGUUUCCGUGGAGGUUGAUACAGCCGAUGAUGCUGUGCUUGAGGGAGGUGGAUGUUUUGCUUUCCUGUUUGGAUUUGCCCUGUCAGGGCCGAUAAAAGGAAGUGCUCCGCCCUGCGAAGAUGUUUGGUCGAUUUACAGCGUUCGUCCUGGGUCAUCUUUUGACGAGGCUGAGCUUGUAAGGGCUAAAGAGGUAGCACGGGAAGCCGCAGCGGAGGUGUGGCAAUGCAUGAAGGACAGCAUACGCCAUCAAAAAAUGGUAGGAGAGACGCAAUCACCAGAAGAAGCUAUUGUCAAGAUGGAAAUAUAAGCGCGAUCGAAUCAAGAGCUGUACAUAGAAAUUAUCUGCUAGGCGUAUAUGUUCACUCAGAUGGUCCGCCGAUAGUGAGCACCCUCUACAGUGGUACAUUGACCCUCGUUUGCCGAAAACUAAAGCCACGUCCUCCGGACUCGUACUCAAUUCAAAUAUAA